ACAAGGUAUCCAAUUGAAACCACAAGCAUUUCACAGGAUGAAAUUGGCUAGCUUUACUGCCAUUUCCCAACUCCUCCUCCUCCUCUGCUGCAUCAUGUUCUUUUCCCCAUACUUCAGUAACCUAUUUGUCUCUGGUGGAACGCCUCCACCAACAUGCUCAGGUUCUGCACAAGGAUACAAGGGCAUGCUGAUAGCUCCUCGAUAUGGACCCUGCUCGCCACUUGGUCAAGAGAAAUCAUAUGCUGUUUCUGCCCAAAUUCUUCUUCGAGACGAACUAAGGGUCCAAUCCAUCAAUUCUUUAGCGCCCUCAAAGUAUGUUGAUGAUACUCAUGACAAAGAGACUCAUCAACUCCGUAUUCCUGGCGAAGGCCGCCUAUUGGGUGGUGGGAACUACGUUGUCCAGCUUGGUUUUGGCACACCUAAACGCGAUUUCAACUUGAUUCUUGACACUGGCAGUAACGCAACCUGGAUAAAAUGCAAACCGUGUCCGCACUGUGGAAAACCAAAAACUAUUUUUGACCCUAAUUCUUCCUCAACUUUCCGCAAAACCCACUGCAAUGAAUCUAAUUGCAGCUUUCGAUCUAGCUACCUUGAUAAUAGAAGUUUUGAAGGAUUUUGGGCAUCCGAUACCCUCACAAUAUCGUCCCCUUACCCGUUCCAAAAUUUUAGUUUUGUUUGUGUUAACAAAACCGGAAUUAAAGACGCUAGCGGGUUGCUAGCAUUUGGACAAGGUGAUAAUUCUCUUGUAUCUCAGACUGGGACAAAUGUGUUUUGUCACUGUCUUCCUUCCGAACAUGCAACAGGAUAUCUUCUGUUCGACUCUGAAGCACGUAAAAGAUGCCGAGUUGAGAAUUUCACACCGCUCAAACCACAAGAAGACAAUGGCAGAUAUAUGGUAAACUUCGUUGGAAUAAGCAUUGGAAACAAAACAUUUAACGUUUUUGCUACAACAUCAUCUUCACAGGGCACUAUGAUAGACUCCGGGACUGUCAUUACUCGCCUUCCGCCGCGAGUCUAUGAACAAUUCCGCUUCGUUUUCAGAAAACUCAUGGAGGAAUACAGCCUUGUUAAGCGACCUCCUAACGAGCGUACCUUGGAAACAUAUUAUGAGCUCAACGGGGACAAAUACAGUACCGUGGAAAUCCCUACUGUGGUAUUGCAUUUUGAGAAUUUAGAUGUCAAUUUGACCAGAUCACAAGUUCUUUGGCAAGAAGGAAAUUCUUCGGUUUAUUGCUUGGCUUUUGCAGGAAACGACAAUGUUGGCAACAUGGUCAUCAUUGGUAACCACCAGCUGCAAAAGCUAAAUGUUUUGUAUGAUAUCCAGAGAAGUAAGGUGGGAAUCGGGCCCGGUAACUGCGGCUGAUGAUGUCCGGAA